AUUUUAUAUUAAAAGGAAAAUAACAGUUGAUUAUAUUAAAAAGGACUUAAAUAUUAAAUUAAUUUUAAAGGUGGUUUAGGGUGGAUAUGGUUUAAUGAUGAAUCAAGUUCAAUUGCAAAGAGUGAGGUAACACAGAAUGCUCCAUAAAAUGAUAAUAUUAUAUGGAAUCAUAUAUAUAGCGUUUAUUAAUUUAUUCAAUGUUUAUAAACCCUAUGAACCCGAUGAUCUUUUGCUUCCCUUAUUUUUAUCCAAUACAAUUGCCCCAACCAUUCGUUAAAGAGGAGGCAUCUGAUACUGAGAAAGAACAAACAGUCCAAAGUAUUCAAGAACAAACGAACGCAAGUGGAAUAGUCAGAGGGAAAGGAUAGUUAUGGACUAACGAAGAGGUGAAUAACCUUGUGAAAUAUUAUAAAUAAUAUCAUGGGGAUUGGAAGAAGAUCAUAAAACACUUGAAAGGAAGAAACAUUUCUUAGUGUUCAUAGAAAUAUAGGAAACUUUAGGAUCAAGAAAAAAGAACAAAAAGAAAGUGGUCAACUGAAGAGGAUAGAAUAUUACUAGACAGCUUCGAAUUGUAUGGAAGAUAAUGGAUUAAGAUUGCUGAAAAGCUUCCAGGAAGGACAUCAAAAUAGGUCAGAGAUAGAUAUGUAAAUUAAAUAAACCCUACAAUCAACCACAAUGAAUGGAGUGAAACUGAAGAUAGAAUAAUUAUGAAGGAAUUUCAACAGAAUGGACCAAGAUGGGCCCAAAUAGCCAAGCAGCUAAACAAUAGAUCUGAAAAUUAAGUAAAAAAUAGAUUCUAUUAUACAAUACUUAAAAAGUAUAAUGGAGAGCUACAUCCAUAUUUGAAAAUACAACAUUGAUUCUCCUUAUUAUCACUCUAUUUUGACAUAAUAUAAAUUUAAA